AUGCAUCUCCAUGGUCGUGGCUGCUCUCCGUUGAUUGACUUUGAUCCAUGUGAUCCAGUCAAUCUCAAAGAUCCCAAAUUUGCUUCUCUCUCUCGUGAUCUGCGUGUCCAAAAGGCCAUUGAGGUCGAAAACCUUCGCUGCCUUCGUUCGCUGUCUUUUGUCCGUCGCUCUGUCCGUAUUUCUGUUGCUCGUUCUUUUCUUUUGUAUGAUCGCAUCAAUCAAGCCCAAUUUGAUGCCAUUUUGAAAGAAGAAAUGCUUGCUCGUUCCUCCUCCUCUGCUGCUACUAAACCACCAUCCCGAUCCUCUGAUCAAGAGCGUUUAGCCAAGAAACAACGUUUGAGUUAUCUUGGCUACCUCUUGCAUCAUGAUGCUGAAACUGCCUCUCUCUUGGCUUAUGCUGUCUCCCCCACUCUCUCUGCUACCAAGGAUCUUGAAAUGUCAGAGCCUUCUGAUAACUGA